CACACACACUUUAUCACCAUCUGAUAGGCUUGGAUAUACAUAUAUUUAAGGUAUUUCUUUGUCUGUCAAGGGUAUCACACAGGGAGGUAGGGGGGCGUUUGACGUUUCAGUCCCAUCUUUGCGUAGAUUGCCUGCCACAUAGGAGGCGCCACAUACGAGUUUGCAGGGAGAAUGAAUGGCCCUGGCUCUAAAGCUGCCGACUCUGCAUUGAAACCCUGGGGCCCCACAGGUGGGACAGCCUCCCCCGGGAGUCAGGCCUGGUUGUGCCUCCAUGUCCCCAUCUGUGCAGGGGGCUGGAAUGAACUUGGGGUGCUGUCUGUGUGAAACCCACUUCCCGUAAUACACAAAAGUGCUUAAAGCAGUAUGUGCCCCUGGGCCUUGGAUGUUCUUUUAAAAAAAUAUCAGGAUGGGGGACUUCCCUUAGCAGUCCAGUGGUUAAGAUGCCAGGCUUCCAAUGCAGGGGGCGCUGGUUUGAUCCUUGGUGGGGGAACUAAAAUUCCACAUGUUUCUCAGGAUGGCCAAAAAGUUAUAAAAAAAAAAUAUAUAUUAAAGAUGGUGACAGGUAUUCUGAGGAUUGCGUCUAAUUGGCCCAGAGGAAGGGAAGAGGGGCGUGGGCCAGGGAGGGCGUCAGAGGCUCAGGGAGGACGGAGAACCGGGUCCACCCCUUCUCCAGAAUGAGGAAGGAGGCCCAGCGUGCACCCAGGCGGCUGGCCUUUCCUCCCCGGCCCGCCCUCCCCCGAGGCGCCCACCUCAUCUCUGAGCUCUUCUGCCGUCAACCGUCAACCUGUCGGGCCGGGCCAGGCAGGUCUGGGGAUGGGCGGGGAGCCCUGAGCCAGCAUCUUUUCUCCUCCUCCACCCCGGGGCUGGCACACAGGCCUAGAGAAGCUGGGCCGGCUGGUAACCCAGGCCGGGAAGCCAGGGGGUCCCUGGGGGGGCUACCCCCACGACAAGGGAGGCCCUUCCCGCCGGCUGCCAGGAGCCCUCCCCAGAGCGGCUGGGCUGGGGUUCCUCCCGGGGCGGGGGCGGGGGCGAUGCCGCCUCGUGCCCACUGAGGCCCUGCCAUGGCUCGCUCGCUCACCUGGCGCUGCUGCCCGUGGUGUCUGACUGAGGACGAGAAGUCAGCGGCCCGGAUCGACCAGGAAAUCAACAAGAUCCUCCUGGAGCAGAAGAAGCGCGACCGAGGGGAGCUGAAACUGCUGCUUCUGGGUCCCGGCGAGAGUGGAAAGAGCACGUUUAUCAAGCAGAUGCGUAUCAUCCAUGGGGCGGGCUACUCAGAAGAAGACCGCAAGAACUUCCGGCCCCUAGUCUACCAGAACAUCUUCAUAUCCAUGAGGAGCAUGAUUGAAGCUAUGGAACGGCUACAGAUCCCCUUCAGCUGGCCCGAGAGCAAGCACCACGCCAGUGUGAUCAUGAGCCAGGACCCCUACAAGGUGACCAAAUUCGAGAAGCGCCACGCUGUGGCCAUGCAGUGGCUGUGGGAGGACACCGGCAUCCGCGCCUGCUAUGAGCGCCGGCGAGAGUUCCACCUGCUUGACUCGGCUGUGUACUACUUGUCGAAUCUGGACCGUAUCACGGAAGAGGGCUACAUCCCUACCGCACAGGACGUGCUCCGCAGCCGCAUGCCUACCACCGGGAUCAACGAGUACUGCUUCUCAGUGCAGAAAACCAACCUGAGGAUCGUGGACGUCGGGGGCCAGAAGUCAGAACGCAAGAAGUGGAUCCACUGCUUUGAGAACGUGAUUGCCCUCAUCUACCUGGCCUCACUGAGUGAAUAUGACCAGUGUUUGGAGGAAAACAACCAAGAGGCCCCAAGCAGGACGCGGAGGCAGCCAAGAAGUUCAUUCUGGACAUGUACACCCGUAUGUAUGCCGGCUGCGUGGACGGUGCCGACGGGGGAAGGAAGGGCCCGCGCUCCCGCCGCCUCUUCAGCCACUACACAUGCGCCACGGACACACAGAACAUCCGCAAGGUUUUCAAGGACGUACGGGACUCGGUCCUGGCCCGCUACCUGGACGAGAUCAACCUGCUCUGACCCAGGCCUGCCGUUCCGAACUCGGACCCGCGAGGGGCAGGUGGAACCUGCGGGCAGUGGGCGCGGGGUGGGCCAGCGCUCAGCUAGCCCAGAUGCCCCAUGUCGCUCCAGCCCCAGACCCAGGUAGAGGAAGGACCGCGAGUGAGCCGGCGUGGAAGGCCGGCCGCUAUCCCCUUCCUUCUCCGCCCCUCGUCAGGACAGCCUCUGGAUCCCCUUUCCCUCGACUCAGUUUACCUCCUCGGAGAGAAAACACAGUGGCCGUUUAGGAGGCCAAGGUGCAGGAAAGGGUGAAAAGAGCAAGGGAUCCAGGACUUGGGUGGGUGGGGCUCUCUCAGGACCCUAUAGGCAUGUCCUCUCAGGCAGAGACCCUUUGGGGCUUCUGUGCCAGUGCCGGGAUGGGGGGAGUGGUCCUUCAUGCCGGGGACGCGGGAUCUGGCGCCCCCUAGCGGACAGGAAUCGACAUCCCAGCCUGAGGUCUGGGGAACUCAGGGACUUCCGUUUUCUUAGGAGAAAGAGACGCCUUUUCAGAGCCUCUUUGGCUCAAAGUGUGUCUUGCCCCGGUUUGCAGAUGAAAGAAACCGAGGUCCACAGGCAUCCGCCUUCCUUCCCAGGCUGGAAGCCGGAAGCACUGCAUCUUACAACCUUCUGUAUUUAUUCCCUCACCUUCUGCAUGGCCCCUUGCAGGGUGGACAUUAAAGAAAUGACAUUCUGGA